AUGAGUUGUGUUUCCCUCUCAGAGUCGACUGUUUGUCCGGCCUGGAACAGCUCCUCGGUUUCGACCAAUUCGACUCAAUAUGCGGACUUUCCAUGGAUGGAAAACGUAACAAACAUCACCUCCUUUGAUCAAUCUCUUUCCGACUAUGUCUCGUCGACCUAUGUGACGUCUAAGUUUGUUGACUCCCUAGGGUGCAAAGGGUUGAAUGACAGCGCUUUAAACGACUACUACGCUCAAUACACUAUUAGUGUUCUCUGCAGUAGCAUCAUCCAGAGCUCAAUUGAUGACUGCAGUUUGUCUACCAGUCAAUCGGAACCACUAUGCGCGGAUACGUGCGCGCUUAUGGCGACCAGUGAGGAGGAGAUUGUCGUCAACACAAACCUCUGCUCGAGUGUCGGCAAGAACUACAUGUCACAAAUUCGAUCCGAUUUCACCAUCUGCUCGUCACCUGCAGACUCAUUGACUGGGAGCUGUGUUGAGGGAGCCGACAACGAGCCUAACAACUGUGGAUUCGCCAACAACACCAUUGGACUUUGCACUUACUGCGACUCUGAGAGUGACUCAUGCUGCACCAAGGCCAAUGCCACCACUGUUUGCGAAAACGUUACCAUCCCCACAUCGACCGCAUCUUUACAGCCAGUUGUGACAAGCACCUCAACUGCUGGCGCCGGCGAUGGCCAUGGGCUCUCGGGGGGUGACAUUGCGGGAAUUGUGGUCGGCUCCGUUGCAGGAGCGGCUAUCUUGAUCGGAUUAAUUGCUUUACUUUUCCUCUGUUGCCGACGCCGCCGCCGCCGUGGGACGCAGGGUGAUGCUGUUAGUCUGAAUCAGCCCAACCCACAAAGGAAAGGCGUUUCGCUGUCCAUGCAGCAAGUGGACAGUCCGACCUCGGCAACGUUUAAUCCCGUUCCAGGGGGUCGUGUUGCGCGCAUGUCUGCCUUACGUGAAAUGCCCAGCUCUUCCCCCGCCCAUUCACGUACAUCUGGUGCGAUGUUCACAGCAAAGUACAGCGAUACAUCGGACUCGGAAGGUAUGGGUGCUAGCCCGGGAGCCAUGUCCAAGAGAAUACCCCCGGUAACGGGAAAGCGUCAUGGCUCGCUUUCGAGUAGCUCUGCUCUGGCUGGACUGGACAGUGAUAGCUCACCGCGUUCUGGAACUGUUGGUCAAUACUCUUCCCCUGAAGGUGUGACCAGCGGCCAGUCUGAGCAGCUGUCUUAUUUCCGUGACUACUACUCGCAAGAUGAUAUCCAUGCUGGCGAUCAGGUAGCUGUUCUCUGGGCCUAUUCUCCGCGGGCGGGUGAUGAGUUUGAAUUGGAACGGGGUGAGAUGCUGAAGGUAAUCGGCAUCUGGGAUGAUGGCUGGGCCACAGGUGUGCGCAUUCAUGAACGCGCCGAAGAUUUUGAUAUUCGCCAUCGUGAGCAGCGUGACAGUGGUGUUUCCCAUGGCUCGCAUCGUCGAGGCCCAUCACCGACGCCUUCUGGCGAGAUCAAGGCUUUCCCCUUGGUCUGCAUCUGUCUUCCACAGCACUGGCACAAGAUAAUUGAUGGCAGUUUGCAAGAGGAAGAAGAUGAGUCUUGA